AAAAGGAACAUCGCUAUUGUAUCCGCAUCUGUUGUGAUUGUGAAAUUGGUUGCAAUAAAUGCGUACUAAAUUAUAUGUUAAGCGUUUGUUUUGUUUUGUUUGUUUGCAUUAAUUAGCAGUCAAUGCAAGUUCGAGUAAAUACAUAAUUUCAGUUAAUUUACAAUUUAUAGUUAUACGAAAACAGUCGAAAUUAACAAAAGACCCGCGCAUUUUUUGGCACAACAACAACAAACAUAGCUAAGGUAUUUCGUUUAUUUGCAAUUUAAAAUGGUCCGUGGUAAAAUUCGAAAGAAACAAUUGCGUUCGGAGUCAGAUAGUGACGACGGGCCUGCAAGUAAAAAGAGGUUUACGGAAAAUGCUGAAGUCGAAGACAACAUCGAAAAUGAAGAGAUGAACUAUGAGCCAUCCACAUCAUCAGCGGCUACGGCGGAAAAUCGUAGUGUCGGAAAUUCGAAAUCAAUGAGAGGAUGGGUUAGACGGGAGUCUUUUGAAGAACCAUCGAUGGGACUUGAUGUUGACAAUCCCUUCAAUCGUUGUGGCAAAAUUAUUUCAAUGCGUUUGAAAAACUUUAUGUGCCACUCCAAUUUUCGCAUCGACUUUGGGCCAAACAUUAAUUUUCUCGUUGGCAGCAAUGGUAGUGGCAAAAGUGCUGUGAUAACAGCUCUAGCUUUAGCGAUGGCCGCAAGUGCCAGAUCCACAAGUCGAGCUAGCAGCAUUCAGAGUGAGUUAUCAAAUAAAAAUUUUCCCAUUUUGGACGAUUGUGACUAG